AUGAACAAACUUUUGGAUUUCAACAAAUCAGAAAUUCAAAUUAAAAAGCACACAUUCGUGCAAGUCAAAUUCAAUAUACCUAUUUGUAUUUCUUCUACAAUUUCUACUACUUUUCUGCCUAUUUUAUUUCCUAAAAAUACGAUAGAAAGUGGCAAAGUAAAACAAAAAUACCAUUUCUACCGUAAUAGGCAAAGAAGCUCAUUACUAAAAGCAUUCAAAUCGUUAUUGUUUUUUGUUAUAAUUGUUAUUGAUAAUUCUUUGGCAUUACGAUCAUCAGCUACUGUAACUGUCACAGCAACUAAAACAAAUCGGUUUGCUGAAGAAGAAAUUCAACUUUUAAGAGAAGCAUUUUUAAAAAAAUUUGGAAUGAAAGAGCAACCAAAACAAACCAACCCAGCUCUACCAGUUCCCAAAUAUAUUUGGGAUAUUUAUGAAAAAGUGAAAUAUGAAAAUGUUGAUUGGGUUCGACACUAUUAUCCAAGUGACAUUCAUGGAUUCGAUAAUAACACUUUUUUUCUAAAUUACGAUUUAUCUGUAACUGUACAAAAUACGAGUAAUGAGCUUAUCAGCCGAGCAAACUUGAAAUUAAAGCUUAAAAAGGCGAAUUAUCGAAGACAUAUCAAAAUUUACGAGAUUGAUCAAAGAAAUUCUGAAAUUUGGAGGUUGAUUGAUGCUAAAUUUAUUGAGCAAAGUUUAUUAUACAGUAAUUAUCACUGGAUUGAAAUGGAUGUAACAGAAGGAUUACGUAGGAAACGACCUAAUAUGAAUAAAGUACGUUCGUGGUCAUUCGCAUUAUUUUUAAAUCAAAUUGAUUUUGCUGUAGAAAUAUCAAGUAAUCAAAUGAUGAAACAAGCACGUACGUCUUAUCAACGUCUUGAAUUUUUUGAUCUCCCGAAUGAUAGUAAACGAGCUGCAGCAUUAGUUGUUUAUGUCCAAAGUAUUGAUAAUCCUGUCAAGGUGCGACGGAAACGAAAAGCUAAUACGCGACGACGACAUCAACACAAAAAGUACCACAAUUAUCGACCAGUGGUCGUAAAUUAUUGUCGUCGUAGUGAACUUUUAGUUGACUUUAAUGAACUGAACUGGCAAGAUUGGAUUUUAGCUCCGUCAAGCUACAGCGCCUAUCAAUGUCAGGGAAUUUGUCCAAAUCCAUUGCCCUCUUUCUUCAAUACAACCAAUCAUGCUAUUGUUCAAGGCUUGAUUAAUUCAGUAGAUCCAAGUUUAGUGCCAGCUCCAUGCUGUGUACCUAUCGAGAUGGAAUCUCUGGCUAUUUUGUAUAUCGAUGUUGAAGGAAAAAUUGUUAUUAAGAACUAUCCUGAAAUGGAAGUGCUUAGCUGUGGUUGUCGAUAG